AUGGAGUUUUUUAAAACUACUUGCCCUGUCUCCAUUGGAGCAGCCGUUGGCUUGGCAUUUGCUGCAGCACUGCUAUAUGGCGUGGGGUUGGUCAUAUAUCGUCUGACUCUUCAUCCACUUGCUAGGUUCCCUGGUCCAAAGCUGGCUGCUGCGACGAAAUGGUAUGAGUUUUAUUACGAUUGCAUCAAGGCGCCAGGGGGUCAAUUUUUGUGGGAAACGUAUCGCAUGCACAAGAAAUACGGCCCCAUUGUCAGAAUCAACCCAGACGAGCUUCAGGUGGCCGAUCCAAAUUGGUAUGACACUUUGAAUGCAGCAGGAGGGGCCAUUAGGCAUAAGUAUCCGCCGGCGGCCAAUCUUGUAGGAACUCCAUUGGGAGUUUUCGGGACUAUUGAUCAUCAUGUUCACCGCGUCAGAAAGGCACCUGUGGCAUCCUACUUCGGAAGAGGAAAUGUUGUGCAGGCCCAGUCAGUCAUGCGUACAAGCGUUGAGAAGCUCAGCAGCCAGUUCCAUGAACUGUAUGUUUCGGGGAAAGCUAUAAACCUGAGGGCGACUUUGUUAGCUUUUGCAACGGAUUUGCUGGGUAUCUAUGGCUUCGGUGGCUCUUUAGGGCUUUCUGAUUCUGAAGACAAGGCAAUGGAAUUUAUGCAUACUAUGAACGCUGUCGCCGUGGUUACUCCAUUCUUCAAACAAUUUCCCGACGCACUACCGUGGCUAUUUAUGCUGAAACCGUGGAUGGUUAAAUUAAUAUACCCCUCAGUGCUCCCCAUGUUGAUGCUACAUAGACAAAUGCACGCCAGGUCAGAGGAUUCGUGGUCUCGAUGGAACAAGACAGUAAAAUCUGAGAGAAAGGACCCAGUUAAGCAGACUAGGGCGCCGGAUGUCUUUAAUGGUAUCCUCUACAGUGGCCUUCCAGAGGAUGAGAAGAGUGUUGAUCGCCUGUCUCAAGAUGGCUUCCUGGCAAUCACAGCAGGCGGUGACCCCAUAGCCCGUACGCUGGCGAUUGGGACAUAUUAUCUACUCACCAAACCAGAAGAUCUUCGAUUACUCUGCAAAGAAUUGGACACCAUUAUGCCAGAUCGCAAUAAACUGCCAGAACUUGCAGAGCUUGAAACUCUUCCAUUCCUAACUGCGGUUGUCAAAGAAACCAUGCGCAUUGUUGGCUUGGCGGCUUCCAGGCUGCCUUUAAUUAGCGACACGCCUUUACAAUAUAAGGAAUGGGUCAUCCCGGCCGGUACCCCAGUCGGUAUGAGUAUCCACCAGGUUAUGCACGACGAAAAGUACUUCCCCGAUGCAGACGUUUUCAAACCGGAGCGUUGGCUUGAGAAGCGCGAGGAUGGCGUUCAGCUAGAACGCUACUAUGUUCCCUUUGGCCGUGGUACACGAAUGUGUGUUGGGCAGCACUUCGCUCAAGCCGAGAUCUAUCUGGCCAUGGCAGCCAUAUUCCGUCGUUUCGAUUUACAGCUUUUUGAUACGACGUUUAAACGAGACGUGGAGACUGUUCGAGACUGUUUCCUUACUGAAGCUCGUUUGGAAAGUCAAGGUAUCCGGGUUAAAGUAGUCGGGGAGCGAUCUUAA